GUCUUCGUCCUCUCAAAAAUGAAUCUCAUCGUGCUCAACAUUGCAGUCGCGCUCGAGAGUUCUCGUGCACGAGCAGCAGAGAGGGUCCGACGAAGCGAGCGAGCGAAUCGGUGCCAAGAGCGAUGGCGCAAGCAAGACUCGUGCGGCGGCGUCGACGACGACGAGGACAGGGGUUGCGGUUGCGCUCGAUCGAUGGGCCGAGUCUGCGAAUCUCGAGCAGGGAGCAGUCUGGGAAUCUCCGCCGAAGCCUCUGACCUCGCAGCCGGCGCUCUCCUGUCCCCCCAACCGCAGAGAUUUGCGGGGGGGCUCACACAACCGUUACAGAGGGAGGGAGGGAGGGCUCUCCUCGCCAUCCCUCCUCCACCAUCAUGACGGCAACGGCAGCGAGUGCUCGCGUUGCCGCAACGUUACCCGUUCCCCUUCCGUUUCCUCCGCAUCCAUCGUGGACUGGAAUGCAGUCAAAUCUGCCACUCGUGAACUAACGUCUCUUCCAGCCGGAGCUGCCACUCGGGACUGAUUGAUUUGACUGACUGACUGACUGACUGACUGAUCGAUCGAUCGAUCGAUCGAUGGUUGCGCAUCCUCCCUCGGAACGGGAAUUUCGCCACCGCGACCGGAAGCCGGCAUCGAACCGCGGAGAGAGAGAUUCCAAACAUCCGGAUCGGUCGCCGAUCGAUGGAGCAAUCUUUCGUACGUCCUCGGCCGCAGCGACAGGGCCGUGCGUGCAGGGCAGGGCAGGGCGAGACAUUGCGGCGUUCAGUAGCUUCAUGCUGGCGGGCGGGCUGGAUUUCUGGCUCGCAUUGCAAUGCUGCCGAGAUUGUGGGAGCUCGAUGCUCGUUGCGAUGUUCAAGUUUGUGGGUAGUGCUGAAGCCAUGGCCAUCCAUCCAUCCACCCACUUUGAAGGUUCCGCCUUCGGAUUUCUUCAUUCUCAGUUGGCAGGCGUCGUCGAUCGACAACAGAGAGCACAUGGAAUUGUACAACGACGACGGUCGAGGCUCGAGGCUCGAGGCUCGACGUCCAUGGACUGUGGGAUGAAGAUAUGGCGGGGGAGGAGGGGGGCCCACCAUCAUUCGACCUUGCGCCAUACGAUCUUUCGUUCCACGUCGAGUGCUCUGUCCCGCUGGUUGGUCGUGCAGAGGACGCUUGGCUCCAGCUCGAAUCUGUGCAAUUGCAGAGUGUCAGAAGGUCGGAGGCUGCUGAUGACGCCGCAGGUUUGACGAUGUUCGCUCGAAUGCGACCGUCCCGACAUGUCGAGAGAUUAGAGCAGGGACGGAUGCAGAUGCAGAUGCAGAUGCAGACAGAGAGUUCACGGCACAUUCGAAGCUCUGCGCUCUAGAGGAGUCCGUCCAAGUUCAAUAUUGGUUCCGGUUCGAUUUCGACUCGAGCCAUCUCUGAUCCGUUUCAGCUUCAGCUUCAGCUUGCAGGACGUCGUGAUUUCCGCUCCUCUGUCCGAGCUUGAGUCAUUCGAGAGCACGAGACGUGUGGCCGAAAUCAGCGGGCAUGGCAUCGACCAUGGCGACUGCCUUCGCGGGUCUAACACUGAGCUCCAGCGCAGUGGAAGUUUGCGAUCUGAGCCGGCGACAUUCGAGCAAUUUGUGCUCGUCCAGCGGGACAGGAUCGAUGCGCUCGACGUUUUUCGCCAAGGACUGCGCUCCUCGAAGGAGCCUUUGCGGGGCGGUGGUCGAGCCGUGGAAGCUGUCGACCACCAGAGGACGGGCGGCAGCGAGGUGUCACGCCGUCAGGGGCUUGGAGAGAGCCGAAGCAUCGCGCGAGGUCGAUGACCCGGAUUCUCUUCACCAGUUCGUCAUCGUCGGAGCAGGAAUUGCGGGCCUGGCCACUGCCGCCGCCAUGAACAAGAUCGGGGUGAAGACACUGGUCCUCGAGCAGUCUGCGGGGCUGAGGACGACAGGAGCAUCGUUGACCUUGUGGUCAAAUGCUUGGCGUGUUCUGGACGUGCUCGGGAUCGGUGAUGAGCUCCGCUCACAGCAUCAGCCAAUUACCGGGAUCAGGUUUUUCAAUCAGGAAGAGAAAUUGUUGAAAACCUUCGACUUAGAAGAAUGUCCCGGAGGGCCGCACGAGCUCUGUAGCGUGGAACGAAAGCUGUUGGCCAACGCUCUGGCAUCCCAAUUGCCACGCGAUGCCAUUCGCCUCAACUCUCGAGUUGUCUCGAUCGAAAGAGAAUCGAACACUGGUCCCUUCGUUUUGACUUUAUCGGACGGAUGCGUCCUACGAACGAGGGUCUUGUUGGGGGCUGAUGGGGUGAACUCCGUGGUGGGACAAUGGAUGGGGUUGGCAAAGACGCGAUACGUGGGGCAGGUCGGAAUUCGUGGAGUGGCAGUGUACCCGGCUGGACAGCCAUAUGGUGACAAGAUCAGACAAUUCCUCGGGCGAGGAGUUCGUGCUGGUUUAGCACCGAUUUCGUCCACGAAGGUCUAUUGGUUCAUGGUGUACAAUCGGUCAUCCCCAGGUACGAAAGUGACGGAUCCGGCCGAGGUGAGGGCAGAGUUGUUGAGCAUGCUCGACGGCUGGCCACAGCACAUGAAGGAGUUGCUCGACAACACGCCGCUCGAGAAUAUCUCGAGAGCAGCUCUGGCAGAUCGAUGGAAUCUGCCGGGCAUCACAGCGCCUGUCGUGCAGAGCGGUGUGACUCUGGCAGGAGAUGCGUUGCAUCCCAUGACCCCGAACUUGGGUCAGGGAGGGUGCUGCGCUUUAGAGGACGCCAUCAUCUUAGCUCAAACUCUGGGAGUCGUUCUCGCCCAGCGAGCAGGAGGCGGCGAUGGCGAUUACGAUGCUAUAACGAAGGCCAUGGAGCAAUACGCAGCCGAAAGGCAGCAGAGAACGUUUCCUCUCGCUCUCAAGUCCUUCGUUUUUGGGGCUCUUCUGCAGAUCGGCUUCGCCCCCGUUUGCUUCGUCCGGGACAACAUUGCUGUGCCCAAGAUCGUUCGCCCCAGCUCCUUUCUCAGCCACACUCAAUAUAACUGUGGACAGCUUCCCGCAUCUCUCGUCGUGCGAGAUUAAUCGUUCGUUCACAAUUCAUUAAUAAACUGUACAUCUACGAAUCUUGCCCCGAGUCUUGCUUGUUUCACAGUCUGAAUCUCUACCUCACUUUCCUGAGCCCAUAGCUGUCGAGCACAGGGAGCGAAUUCUGUCAGCAUUCCGACUCCCGUGUCGCCCAUGGCUACUCCAAAGCUACUCACGGGCUGGUGAUGGCACACUGGAGAUCGGGUGCUUGAAGCAGCCAUGCUCUCCAACGGAGCAGCCAUCGGCAGCGUGGGCCUGACGAGAGGACCGUACUCAGUCUGGACUUCGAUCUGUCGGUGAUUCUAAUUUCUCGAGCUGACAGUAAAAGCAAGAUCUU